AUUGAUCGCACCCGCCUGUACACUGACCUGCAGUAUCGCUACGACUAUGUGGCGGGCUUCAUUGGGUUUACCAAGGAGGAUCAAGAGUUUCUUCACAAAUCGGCGAGCGUAGUUGCGGGGCUGGUCCCGACCAUCGUCGACGCCGUGUACGACAAGCUGUUUAUGUACGACAUCACCUGGAAGCACUUUUCCGAGGACCAGGAGGGCUUCCACGCGCAGGGCCCGAACGUGGGCAGAGUCGAGAUAGGCUCCGAGGUCAUCACCUUCCGCAAGACCAUGCUGACAAAGUACCUGAAGAAGCUGGUCUCUGCCGAGUGGAACAUCGCCUACCUCAAGUACCUGGACUGGGUCGGCCACAUCCACACCACGACGCCACUGAAGACGUCGACCAUCAAUGUCGAGUACAUCCACAUCAACGCCCUGAUGGGCUAUGUUUCCGCCGUGGUCAUCGACGCGCUGCAGGGCGUCGAGGAGUGGGACAGCGAGACCAGGCAGAAGAUUGUCAGCGCGUACAACAAGUUCUUCUGGGUGCAGAACGACCUGUUCGCCAGGUACUAUGUCAAGGAG